CUAGCCAAGGGUUUAAGCACCUUAAACGGCUAAACCCCGCACCCAUGGAAUUUUGCUCUUCUCCUUCUUCUUCCUCACCCCAAUUCCCUCUUCGGAAAACCCUAAUUUCUUCCGCUCCCAAAUGGUAGGGUUCACCUCUGACCCAAACCUCGAUCAAGCCUCAAACCUCAAGCUUUCCAAGGACCCACCACCUGAUCCCAGACCCGCCGUCGACUUGUCGUUUGUCGAUUCCUUGUUGGAUUUUGACUCUAUUGAGAGUUGGUUUAGGGAUUUUCCGAACCCAGAUAUGGAUUGCGUGAGUGGUACUUUGAAGUCUGAAGCUGCUGAGGUUGGUAGUGGAGGCCAAAGUGUUACUGGGUCUGACCCAAUUGGUUCUGUAGUGGAGAACUCUGAAGUGAGUUGUUGUAUUGAGGAGGAGUUGGGGAAGGUUAGUUUGGUCGGAGACAAGGAAGAGAGUUUGGUUGUUGGUAGUGUGAACGGAGCAGUGAGUGAGGUUUUCGAGGCGAAAAUCGAGGCUGUGGAGAGGAAAAUGGAGAGCAAGAGUGAGAGUGAGAGUUCAUCAGCAGCAGCAUCGUCUUCGAGUAGUAGUAGUAGUAGUAGUAGUGAGGAGGAGGAGGAGGAGGAGGAGGAGGAGGAGGAGGAGGAGGAGAGUGAGAGUGAGGAUAUGGAUGAGGAGAAGGAGAAGGAGGGGAGAGGGAAUGUGAUGGCGGAGGCGGUGAAGGAGGGCGGUGAGAAGGGUUGUGAGCUUGAAGAAGGGGAGAUAAGUGGUGCGGAGCAGGAAGGUGAGGGAAGUGGGGAUGAAGGUGAUGAGGAGGAUGAGGAGGGCGCCGAGGUUGCUUGGAGUGAUGUUGAUGUUUUCGAUGAGGGGGAUGAGGAGGAGGAAGCUAUGAAAGGACCCAUUCGAUCUAAAAAUGAGCUCGAGGAACUGCCACCAGUUCCUCCAGUUAAUGUCACCUUGAAACCACAUCAUCAAAUGCUGCCUGUGGGAGUUGUUUUAUCGGUUGUUGGUACCAAAAUCAUUGUGGAAGGGGUUGAGAAACACAACCCUCUGAACGAGGGUUCUAUUCUGUGGAUAACUGAAAGCAGAGCUCCGUUGGGACUGGUAGAUGAAAUUUUUGGACCUGUCAAAAACCCUUACUAUAUGGUGAGAUACAAUACAGAAAGCGAAAUCCCUGCUGGUAUACAGGUUGGAACAUCAAUCUCUUUUGUUCAGGAGUUUGCAGAUCAUGUGCUCAAUAACAAAGAUCUUUACAGAAAGGGUUAUGAUGCAUCUGGUGCAAAUGAUGAAGAGGUAUCAGAUGAAGCAGAAUUUUCAGAUGAUGAGAAGGAGGCUGAAUACAAGAGAUUGCAAAAAUUGGCGAAGAGGGGAAUGAAUGACCAGAAUGCCGGCAGUAAGAAAAACAACAGAAAACGAGGUAAAAUUAAGACGGGGCCCUGGAAAAAUGGUCAAUCUUCACCCCACCAAACACCUCCUGAUCAACACCACGAGCAUUUCUCUUCAGCUGCACCUGCUCGUCCACAUGGUCCAUCUUCUUCUGCGGUCUCGCAAGCUUCAGCUAGUGGGCAUGGAUCAAUUCCACCAUUUCCAGGUGCUACACAGGCCCGUGGUAUGAAUGCAAAUGGAGUUUGGACAGAUGGAAUGCCAUCUCAGCCACAACAAACACCCUUCCCCAAUGCAUUUCCAAAUAAUAAUAUGCCAUUUUUUCCACAGUUCCCACAUCAGAUGUCUAUGCCAGGCGGAGUUUCAUUCCAUCAGCAGGGAAAUGCAUUUUUAGGGCCCAUGGGUUCACCAGGGUUGAUGGGUCAACAUGGCUUCCACCAACCAGCAUUUGGAAUAGGUUUCCAGGGACAACCUAUACCGGGUCAACAGUUGCAUUCCCCCAGACCCAUGAAUGCAUUCGAAAUGGCUCAACAGGGUCAACUUGGCUUCAACCAAAUGGCAUUUGCGAUGGCUCAACAGGGUCAAAGUGGGUUCAACCCGAAUGUCUUUGGGGUAGGUCAACAGGGUCAGCAUGGCUUCAACCCAAAUGCUUUUCAGAUGGCUCAGCAGGGUCAGCAUGGCUUCAACCACAAUACAUUUGGGAUAGGCUCACAGACAAACCCAAACUUAGAACAGAUCAUGCCACAACCUGGGAACCCGGUUUCAGGUGAUGUUGAUGCUCCCCAACAAUUUAGUCGAAGUACAUCUGCUAAUCGUGGAAAAAGACCAUAUGGUCGAGGGGCUCGUAGGUUUGCCUGGGGAGGAAGAGGAAGGGGUUCCAGCUGAGAGUUAUGGCAUGCUCUGCUGCACCAAGCAACUGAAGACUACAGUUGGCUAUCAUUUUUGCUUUCUUCCUACCUUUUGUAUUAAGGUUCUUGCUUUCAGAAAUAUUCUAAUCAAUAUUCUUUGUAUUUGCGAGCUUUAUGUAUACGGAUGGAACUAGAUGUUUUCAUGUGUGAUUUCUUGAAAAUAGAACAUGCUCCUCCCUAUUCAACUAGGUUGAAGUUGAAAAUUUUGUAGUACAAUCUUGAAUUUUGGCAAUCAGUUUUUCGUGAGCUA